GCGGUCCCGCGGCGUCCCCACUCUCCUCCCCGUCCAGCGGGAGUCCCGGUCGAGUCCCGUGCAGGAAGCCACUGUCCUGUUCCCCUGGGGGCCGGGCCCCUGGGCGGGGGCGGCGGGGCCUGCCGUGCCCUUGAGGAGCUGGUGGUCACCAUGGCAAUGCGGGAGCUGGUGGAGGGCGAAUGUGGGGGUGCCAACCCACUCAUGAAGCUGGCGGGCCACUUCACCCAGGACAAGGCCCUGCGGCAGGAGGGACUGAGACCUGGCCCCUGGCCUCCCGUGGCUCCAGCCUCCGAGACGGUCUCCAAGCCUUUGGGAGUAGGCUCUGAGGAUGAGUUGGUGGCUGAAUUCCUACAGGACCAGAAUGCACACCUUGUUUCCCGCGCUCCUCAGACUUUUAAGAUGGACGACCUUCUGGCAGAGAUGCAGGAGAUUGAACAGUCCAGCUUUCGCCAGGCUCCCCAGAGAGCCCCUGGUGUGGCAGAUCUGGCUUUGUCUGAAAACUGGGCGGAGGAGUUCCUUGCAGCUGGAGAUGCUGUGGAUGUAACUCAGGAUUAUAAUGAGACUGACUGGUCUCAAGAACUCAUCGCUGAAGUUACAGACCCCUUGUCUGUGUCCCCUGCCCGCUGGGCUGAGGAGUAUCUGGAACAGUCUGAGGAGAAGCUGUGGCUGGGAGAGCCAGAGGGAACAACCACCGCUGAUCGCUGGCACGAGGAGUACCACCCCGAGGAGGACCUGCAGCGCACGGCCACUGACUUUGUGGCGAAGGUGGAUGACCCCAAGUUGGCUAACUCUGAGUUCCUGAAAUUCGUGCGGCAGAUUGGAGAGGGGCAGGUGUCCCUGGAGUCCGUUGCAGGGUCCGGCCGAGCUCAGGCAGAACAGUGGGCAGCUGAGUUUAUACAGCAGCAGAACACAUCAGAUGCCUGGGUUGACCAGUUCACAAGACCAGUGAGCAACACGUCUGCACUCGAUAUGGAAUUUGAGCGAGCAAAGUCAGCUAUAGAGUCUGAUGUCGAUUUCUGGGACAAGCUGCAGGCAGAGUUGGAGGAGAUGGCAAAACGGGAUGCUGAGGCCCACCCCUGGCUUUCCGACUAUGAUGACCUCACAUCUGCUUCAUACGAUAAGGGGUACCAGUUCGAGGAGGAGAAUCCCCUGCGUGACCACCCUCAGCCUUUUGAAGAAGGGCUGCGGCGACUUCAGGAGGGGGACCUGCCAAAUGCCGUGCUGCUCUUUGAGGCAGCGGUGCAGCAGACCCCCGAGCACAUGGAGGCUUGGCAGUACCUGGGCACUACCCAGGCCGAGAACGAGCAAGAGCUCUUGGCCAUCAGUGCUCUGCGGAGGUGUCUGGAGCUAAAACCGGAUAACCGGACGGCACUGAUGGCUCUGGCUGUGAGCUUUACCAACGAGUCCCUGCAGCGGCAGGCCUGUGAAGCGUUGAGAGACUGGCUGCGCUGCUCACCGGCUUAUGCCCACCUGGUGUCACCCGGUGAAGGAGGGGCUGGCGGGGCAGGACUGGGCCCCAGCAAACGGGUCCUGGGAUCCCUGCUGUCUGACUCCCUGUUUCUUGAAGUGAAAGAGCUCUUCCUGGAAGCUGUGCGUCUGGACCCUACAUCCAUUGACCCUGAUGUUCAGUGCGGUUUGGGAGUCCUCUUCAACCUGAGCGGGGAAUAUGACAAGGCUGUGGACUGUUUUACAGCGGCCCUCAGCGUUCGUCCCAAUGACUAUUUGCUGUGGAAUAAGCUGGGAGCCACCUUGGCCAACGGGAACCAGAGCGAAGAGGCGGUGGCUGCGUACCGCAGGGCCCUUGAGCUGCAGCCUGGCUACAUCCGCUCUCGCUAUAACCUGGGCAUCAGCUGCAUCAACCUCGGGGCUCACCGAGAGGCCGUGGAACACUUUCUGGAGGCCCUGAACAUGCAGAGGAAGAGCCGGGGCCCUCGGGGUGAGGGAGGUGCCAUGUCAGAGAACAUCUGGAGCACCUUGCGAUUGGCAUUGUCUAUGUUGGGCCAGAGUGAUGCCUAUGGGGCAGCUGAUGCCCGGGACCUCUCUGCCCUGCUAGCUAUGUUUGGCCUGCCCCAGUGACAGUGGGAUGGUCUGCCCUGUGAGUGUGCGCUGCAGGGCCCGCUCUGAAUGUGACUCCCUCUCCCCCAAUGGGCCUACCAAGGGGGUGGGCUGAUGACCACAAGCGGUGCUGCCUCUCGGGACCUCCCUCAGCGUGGGGUGGCACUCUGUUCUAGACCCUGCGUAAUUGCAGGGAAUGAGCAGCGUGCGGCCAACGUGGGGUGGGCAGCCUGUUCUAGACCCUGCGUAAUUGCAGGGAGUGAGCACCGUGUGGCCUUUGGUAAUUCAAGGGUUGUACACCCGGCUACAGAUCUCUCUGCCCAUCAUGCCCUUUCUUGGUGCUGCUUUUUGGGUAGGAUCCAACAAUAUGGGGGGAACUGUUGUCAUCAGCUGCCAUUUGAUAGGGUCUGCCACAUUUAUAAUAUCUCUUCCUUGUCCCAUUCUUACUAGGACUUGGUGGUAUUCCAGCUUCCUUGGGCAGUUUUGUGUCAGAGGUUCUCCAGAGCAUCUGUGCUGAUGCCUUUGGGACGAAUGUGUUAGGAGUCAGUCUGUUUGACUGCAACAGUGAUGUGACUCUGUAGAGUUGAGAUGAGGAGAGGCGAUUCUAGUUCUGUCCUCCUGGGAGAGCUUGAUUUUCUGUGGUGGACGCUGGAGCAGUAGAUGCCUGUGUCGUUACCUUAGGGUCCUCAGGGACAACCUCCUUGCUGCAGCAUGGACGUCAUGUGCAAGGGAAGCUUCUCUGUGCAAUGACCCCAGAGCUGUCGGUGGGACCUGUCCUGGCUUUUGGUGGGAGGCUGGGAUGUGCUUCAGUGAGUGCAACAGUCCCUUCUCUUGGAGGCUUGUGAGUAGGAACUGAGUUGACUCUUCCAGCAGGUUGGUUCCAGAAUUGCACUUUUGCCAAAUUCCUAGCAAAGAAGGGAUUCAGUGUUACCAUAAGCCUUUGUUACACUUCUUGAAAUGUCUCUAGGGGACGGCGUUGGAAAGCCCCUCCCUCACGUUACUUCUACAAGGUGACAACCGAGGGGGCAUCUGGAGUCCCCGCGCCUCCGUGUGGGGGACACACAAAGCCCCAGAAAGGACUGCUAAGCCUCUUGCCUUGUCUUCAGUAACAAAUAGUCAGAUUUUUAAAAACUACCAUGGUCCUAAGGUUCCAUCCUGAAAUUUAUUUUUCUUUGUAUGAAUAUGUAUAAAUGAUUUAAAAAUAAAAGUGUAAAAUAUUUGUAUGAAGAAUAAAUGGAACUGAAAUGAG